AUGCCGGAGAAGCGGAAACCAUCCACAUCUGCCUCUGGUUCAUCGCCUUACUCUAAGCGUCCCCGUCCAUCGUAUGCAGAAGAGGAUGAUGCCGACGAGAUGACGCCCGCCGUGACACCCUACGAACGCCCUCGCAACCACCCCGUGUAUGGGCAAAAGAGCGCCUUUCCGGGCUUGGACGUCGAGGUGGAGGAUGAGCUGUUCUACGGUGAAGCCGAGGAUGGGAUGGAGUAUCUUCGCAUGGUCCGAUCUGAAGCUAACUCCCUACCUUUCCUGUUUACCGCGCCCAAACCUGCGGAUACGCCAACCGAGACGACAAAAGAUGCGAUCACAGAAGAGCAAGAGCCCGAACCAGCAUCUGCGCCAUUGCGCGACGGUAUCUUCGCGGACGGCGUCUACAUGGCCCCUCCUGCCGAACCGGAAAUCGCGCAAGCAGCUACGGGGCCACGGGAAGACGAAUACUCCGAAGCACAGUCGAGCUACUACAAUCUCCUCCACCAUCGCUUUCUCCUUCUCCGAUCCAUCCUAAAAUGCACGCCACCAUCGAGCGCGAUUGCUGCACUGGACGAUUCGCAUCCGAUCAGUUUCCCCCGACAUUCCAAGACUGCUCGCAAAGAGUGGCGACGGCUUCUGUUAGCGGUGGACCCGCAGACGGUUCAGCUGGCCUGUAUGGAUAUGGACAGUGUACUGGGUGUGCUGGGAAUAAUGGCCAGACUGAUGUCCGAAAACGUCAGAAGCGGGGAUGCGGAACGAGUCAGGCGGAUUGGAGCCUGGGCUUGGGGACUGUUGGGCAAGUGCCGCGAUGUCGGGCAACUGGGGACCGAGGAAGUGGGGGAUAUCCGAGAUUUGGGCAAAAGGGCUGUGAAGAUACUGCAAAAGAUGAGGGAGGAGGAUGAGAAGACCAAGGCUGCCCGGCGAGACGGUGAUCUAUCGAACGAGGAAUCGGAUGAUGACGAGAUUCCGGAAGACGACCACGGACAGCCCGAGAAUGCUCAAGAGAGUGAUCUGGCCGCCGAGCAGACUGACCAUGAAAUGCAAGAUGCGGAAAGGGAGCCGCCUGCAGAAGACCUCGACGCAGCCAAAGCGCGUCUUCAAGCGAUGCUUCAGGGCAAUGAAAAUGAGGCUCUCGAACCCGACAAAUCGGACAAUGUCGACGUCGCUAACGUCGCUGAAGAGGGCCCAAAGGACAGUACCAUUGAAGUGGCGAUGCAGACCCGUGCUAUGCUUGACAUGAUCAUCACCGUUGUUGGCGAGUACUUUGGGCAAAGGGAUCUUCUGAAGGAGCGGGAGUUAUGGAUUGAUUCCUCAUCGCCUGCCACAUAG